GUCAUCAGAUCCCGUCGACUCGCUCCAUUUUCCCCGCCCUGGUGAGGUACGGGAUCCCGGAAGGGCCGGGCCCGCAGCUCCGCCUCUGGCGCGACUAACGACAGGAUCGCAGGGCAGGGCAGUGGCUCGCAGAUGGACCUGGUCGUCAGCCCAAGAGCAGUAUGGAGGCGUCCUGGGGGAGCAUCAGCGCUGAGCGGGGCUGGUACCUCUCUGCCCAGCAGCCCGAAGAGGCGGAGACGGAAGAGUUGAGCCCGUUGCUAAGCAACGAACUUCACAGACAGAGAUCUCCAGGUGUUUCAUUUGGUUUCUCAGUGUUCAAUGUGAUGAAUGCCAUCAUGGGAAGUGGCAUCCUUGGCUUGGCUUAUGUUAUGGCUAAUACUGGCAUCCUUGGAUUUAGUUUCUUGCUGCUGAUAGUUGCUCUUCUGGCUUCUUACUCAGUCCAUCUCCUGCUUAGUAUGUGUAUUCAUACAGCUGUAACAUCUUAUGAAGAUCUUGGACUCCUUGCAUUUGGAUUACCUGGAAAGGUGGUGGUGGCAAGUACCAUAAUAAUUCAGAAUAUUGGAGCUAUGUCGUCUUAUCUUUUAAUUAUUAAAACAGAGCUUCCUGCCACUAUUUCAGAAUUUUUGACUGGAGAUUACAGUGGGUCUUGGUAUCUCGAUGGACAGACGCUACUAAUAAUCAUUUGUGUUGGCAUUGUGUUCCCUCUUGCACUUCUUCCGAAAAUUGGCUUUCUUGGCUACACAAGUAGUUUAUCAUUUUUCUUUAUGGUGUUCUUUGCUCUUGUGAUAAUAAUUAAAAAAUGGUCCAUCCCUUGUCCUCUGACAUUAAAUUACAUACAGAAAUACUUCCAGAUUUCAAAUGCUACAGAUGAUUGUAAACCAAAGGUCUUUCAUUUCUCCAAAGAGAGUGCUUAUGCUAUACCAACCAUGGCUUUUUCAUUUCUCUGCCAUACGUCAAUAUUGCCCAUAUACUGUGAACUUCAAAGCCCUUCAAAGAAAAGAAUGCAAAAUGUCACCAAUACAGCAAUUGCUUUAAGUUUUCUCAUUUAUUUUAUAUCUGCACUCUUUGGGUACCUCACUUUUUAUGACAAAGUGGAGACAGAAUUACUCCAAGGUUAUAGUAAAUACUUGCCACAUGAUGUUGUUGUUAUGACUGUGAAGUUAUGCAUACUAUUUGCUGUGCUUUUGACAGUCCCUCUAAUCCACUUCCCUGCCAGAAAAGCUUUAAUGAUGAUGUUUUUCUCCAAUUUUCCAUUCUCAUGGAUUCACCAUUCUUUGAUCACCCUAGCACUCAAUAUUAUCAUUGUUUUACUUGCAAUAUAUGUUCCUGAUAUUAGAAAUGUAUUUGGUGUAGUUGGUGCCAGUACAUCAACAUGUUUGAUUUUUGUAUUCCCAGGACUAUUUUAUCUUAAACUUAGCACAGAGGAUUUACUCUCAUGGAGAAAGCUUGGAGCUUUUGUGUUGCUCAUCUUUGGAAUUUUUGUUGGGAAUUUUAGUUUAGCACUCAUCAUUUUUGACUGGAUUAAUAAAUGAAAUAUUUUUCUACUUCUUAUGAAGGAUAAUUUACCUCUGUAUGAAAGAAGGAAUAAUUCUGGGAGGUACCUUGGAUGAAAAUAACAUUUUUGUAAAAAUCAUUAUCAGGAAAGCAGAAUGAAAUUGCAGUAGAAGUGUAUAGCAGUUUUAAUCAAAGAAAGAAACCCAAAAUCCUCUUACAUACAUUGGGUCAAUAUUUUGUUUGUUUGGGUGUUUUUGGUUUUUGAUUAACAGACUUUAUUUUUUAGGUAGUUUUAUGUUUACAGAAAUCUUGAACAGAAAGUGCAGAGAGUACUAUCUACCCCCUCGUCCCCAACAUACCCAGUUUCCCCUGUUAUUAACAUCCUGCAUUGGUGUGGUACAUUUGUUACACUCGAUGAGCCAACAUUAAUACAUUAUUAUUAACUAAAGUUCAUAGUUUACCUUAGGGUUCAUUCUUGACUACCACUCAUUUUUUUACUGUCUC